UCGGUCAUUGGCAGCGCACGGCGUCCACUGUCACCCGCUCCCUGCCACCUGUCCCUACACACCUGUCGAGCGGGCCGCUCUACCUCCAGGGGAACUAGGGCAGCUAUGAAGCUCCGUCCGUCUUCUUAGCUACUGCCACCGUCACGCAAGUUCGCUGUCUGCAGAGAGGAUGCCCUGCGUCCACCAUUGAGACGAGCGAUGACACCCCAACCACCGCUGUAUGGUUCUGCCAGUUAGCUGUGCGCAUUACAAGAGGAGGCGCCCUAUGGGCAGACGGCGGUGCUAGGGGGGGCAGCAUGGUCCUGUGGGCCGCGCUGCUCGUUCUGCACGGAGCUGGCUGCGUAGGUUCGAUGCCCGGAGCCAGCAUGGUGCCCGAGAACAUCACGGUGAUGUUCCUCAGCCCUACCACCAUCAAAGUGUCGUGGGCCACAUCGAGUGACGUCAUGGCCGACAAGUUCGACGUCAUGUACAAGCCGACUGACGCCAGCUACCGCGUGGUGACAGUGGUGGCGGGCAACUCAAGGUCUGUGGCGCUGGAUGACCUCAAGGCGGACACGCAGUACCAGCUGACGGUGACUGCAGUGCGCUCCGGCCGCAAGUUCCGCAGCAGGGCCAUCGUCUUCCGCACCCUCGGAUUCAAACAAGAAACUACUACAAUUGUCCAAAAGCCUUCUGAUGAAAUUCUUCCUAUUUCCAUCACCACCCAGACUACAACAGAAAUACCACGCACAUCACCUCAGAAAGAGGGAUCCAUGGCUACGCCUGUAACUGAAGGUGGUCUGCAGACGGAGGAGAUAAUAGGAGGUCCUCCAGAUGAUGAUAUGCAUACACCUCCAUACAUACAAGUGCGAGGUGUAGAAGUAGGAAUAGUUCUGCUUGUACUUGUUGUCUGGGCUGGAGCAAUUGCACUCUUCUUCAAUCGAUGGGGGAAGAUUCGAAUGCUUCUACCAUAUCAGCCUGACUACAAGGAGCAGCUUAAAGUUCCUGGUCCUCCUGUGGGUAGUGGUUGCUCACAAGGUCAUGGUACAAGCCAGGCUUGUCCGCAGCAUCUGCAUUGGUCAACACACCAACGUUUUGAUAUGGAUCCAUGGAUUGGCCGUUCAAGGCCAAGGGUUAACUCAGCUAUAUUUAUUAGCUCUGGUGUACGUGAUUCUGAAUUUGUUCAGCAUCAACCAUUUCAUUCAGAAAUGGGGCGUCGAACACGUAGUGCUGAAAACAUUCCAAUGAGUGGAAUGCGAGAAGGACUUCCCAUACUUUCAGUUUCAGCCCCACCCCCACAAGAAAACAAUCAAAACAUUCAAUGUGAUGAAACCUUGUGACAGUGAGUGUGUUUUUUUAAAUAUCUCUAGGGUUGCUGCCAAUAAUUAUGUGACGUGCUUCUCUAUAAACCAGUUUGUCUUACUAUCAAUAAAUGACUUGAAAUUUGAAAAGCAUACUGUGGCAAUAAUUGCCUGAGUGUUGUGACUACUGAUAGUGCUAUGACACUGUUUGAAUAAUGGUAUUGAAGUAAGCCUGCACAAACCUAAAAUUGGCGUAUUUUUGAUUAUAACAUAUUUUUAUAAAUCUACUGCAACUCUCAUAGUAUGUAGCAGUUAAUUAUUACUACAUUUUAAAGAAAAUAUUUGUGACUCUUUAUACUCAGAAGGUGAUAUAUCAAUUAUUCUUACCAGAACAUGUAACAGAUUGUUCUACAUUCAUUCUCACUCAUUUGUAAUCACCAUUUUAUAAUUUCUGAUUA